AUGUCUGAAAUCGAUCCGCACAAAGUGGUGUUGCAUGAGGCAGUGGCCAAGGCCUGUGGCUGGGACGUGCAGCCUGCCAUGACUAGUGACAUGUUUCUGCGGAAACCGGAAGAAUGUAAGAGGUCGGAUGUGUACGUGGCAGGGUUUCCAUGCCCAUCCUUUUCCAAAUUGGGAAAAGGACAAGGCAUUCGCGACCAAAGAGGCUUCUUGACAUUGAAAGGGAUGGAACACAUUGCUUUGACACGACCAAGGGUCAUUGUCCUCGAGCAAGUGUCUUCCAUUCUUCAGAAAAAACAUGAAAAGGUUUGGAAUUUUAUCCUCAAGACUUUGCGAUCUUUGAACUAUGAUUUUGUCUACAAGGUGAUGAACACUCGAGAACUCGCCGUGCCGCAAAGCAGGCCAAGGGUGUAUCUUCUAGCAGUGGUGCAAGAAGUCGGGCAAGGUACUCUGGCCCUACCAGAGAAACGUUCCGUUCCAGUGGACUUGCAUCAUUUCCUCAGAGAGGACCAAGUUGGCACAGAAAUUUUGCAGCUUCCCAGAUACGAGAGGCUUUUGCCGGAAGAGGCUGCGGCCUUGCAAGGUGUUCCUGCUCGUGUCUUCGCCGCAAUGAGUGCUGCUGCAAAGGACAAUAACAUUCCUUUGUCAGCAGUCGCUGGCAGCCUGGGAGAUGCCAUGUCUGUAAAUGUUUUGGCCAGUGUUUUGAUGCGUGGUUUGAAUCAUGCUGGUCUUGCCAAAUUUGGCCCAAAGCAAGACUACUGGAAGCAAGCUGGGGGAAUCCCAGUGUCCUUUCACCAUCUGCGUUAUGAAGUCAUUGACGAGAGGGCAUGGGUCGGAUGGACUGCGGUGGUCGAAAAGGAGUGGGAAACGCGGCUGUGUUUGUUGAGAAAGGAGUGGGUAUUGUCGAACAUGGACAUCCCCAAUGUGAGUUCUUGGCGGCUCAACAAAGCCGAGAACCAAGAGUUGAAAGACCGGGUGAUAGCUGGUGAGACUGAGUUGGACGUGAAGCGUGAAAUUCAAAAACGCAAGGCCGUGGCUUGCGAGGAGCGGAAAAAAGCAGCAGCGGCCAUUGCUUCAAAGCCAGGGCCCUCGGCGGGGAAAAAAAAGAAGGAGCCUAUUAUUGCCACGGCUCCCAAUCCCAGAGCAGCUUCCAAUUUUCAGACUGAGUCAGACCCGACCAAUGCUGCAUACUACGCAGCUGUCGAGUCGGAUUUGCAGACAAUUUUGAAGGAAUUCCCUGGCUUGGAAGAUGAAGCACCGCUUCCUUUGUCUUCCACAGAGACGGACAAGUCCCAGUCCGGUGUGCAGGAGCCAUACAACUUGGAGAAAGGCAAGAACGCCUUGCAGUUGCACCAAGUGUACCGUUGCUGCAUGUCCCUCUUUGCCUUGAACGUGGUGGGGUCACCAACCCCUGGCAUUCCAAUGAGUCGAAGAAGGGUCCUUGACAUGAGCGCAUUUUACUACCCGAAUUCAGCCCCUGCCUACAUGACAGGCCGGCAGGUCGAAGUGUGGGCAGACAGACACGCCUUGAGCGAAAAGCCCAAGAGUUUGCAAAUGGUUUCCCCCGAGGAACUCGUUCACAGCAUGAUUGCGGCUUGCGCUGAAGCCAUUCGGAAGAAGGGCGACAUGAAAGCUGACCAGUGGGACGCCUGGCGUGCCAAGUGGAAGAGUUGCUUGCUCAGCAUUCCGGUCUCUAUCUUGGACUCCGGCUCUGAGAACGAGCCUGACCGUGUGUGGGUCAAGGCCUUCAACCGCCGACAGACCGUGAGACAGGAGCACGAGUCGUUGGUUCGCACUGCGAUGCAAACUGCGCUCGAAAUCGACCAGUUUCGAGUGAUUUGUGAAAAUCAACCGGGGUGCAAGGGGCGGCUUCAGCCCGCCCAACUGGCAGAAGAAUUUGUCAAGCUUGGGGUAGCCUCGGUGCAGGGUGGCACUCGAAAAGAUGGUGAAGACGAUGGGCGCCUCACGGCCAACCUCAUCAGUCAGGCCCUGGCAGUGAAAAAAGGCAUUUUGGGUUCACCGCGAGCGGUGGAGAUUCUUUUGGAGAUGGAGGCUGCUUAUGGCACCAGGAGUCCGUUUCAGCACAUGAGUCGGUUGCAUGCGGCUUCGACGAAACCCUCCACCCCGCACAUGCGAGAUUGGGUGCUCGAGUCUCUGUGGGACUGCCUGCAACAGAACGCAUUGCAAGCUGGUGACAUCACUAAAAGCUCCUUGACCGGCGACAAGCAUCACGCGGGCCUGGUGUGUGACCACUUCUUUGACAUUCUGCUGCCCAAGAGCGGGAUGCCAGAACCAGAUCGUCAGCUUCUGAAAGAGAAGACCUCCAAGCACGACGUGUACAGGGCCAACUCUGGCGACGGUGACUGCUCCUGGAUGUCGCGCUUGAACAAAUCUGCCAUUGAAACGUUCCGCCUGCUGGAGGACCUGGUCUUUGGCCGAAAGUUUGACAACUCCUUGAAACAAAGUUGCAAAGCCUGUGCUGUGGCAGAGGCAGCUAUGGAGCAUGAAAAUGUAUCGUCGGAAUGGAACAAAAUUCUCGGCCUUCUCAAGAACGAGGAGAUUGAGCGGAAGACAGCGCAAGGGCUGAUGGCCGAAAAGGAGGAGGGCGCAGGCGAGGCGUGCGAGCUCGAGCUUCUGCGAAAGCCGCCCCAGCAGCAUUCCGAAGGUUCCGAGAGUUACUGGAAAGCAGUGGCUAACCAAACAGUGAGAACCUACUGCUGCUUCAAUCCAGAACCUAAGACCUUGGAAGGAAUGAUCUCGUGGACUUCGAGUGUGCUUCAAGAAUUCCACGGUGAAGUUGGGAAGAGCUGUGUCUUGACGCACUUGGACUUGGACGCUUUGGGCGAGAGUUUGGGGCCCAGUCAGCAAGCCCUGCUGAGGAAGCGCUACAACCCUGACAGUGCCCUCCUUCGCAAGUUAGUCCAUGGAAGCAUGAUUGGCAGAAACGCACAGCGCAAAGAAGAUGAAGCAACGUGCCCUGCCGAAGGCGAGUUGUUGAUGGUGCACACCGGGUUCGACAGAACGUCCAAGGACAUAGAGUCGCUCUUUCGCCCGUCGACUGCUCGAAAGGAUGCUCCGUUGGAGGCAGAGCUGAAGGAACUGAUGAUCGUCUUCACGGACAAGUCCAUUCGAAGUCGUAAGAAGAAGGUUCGUGGUUCCUAUACGACCAGGUCCCAGGCCUGUCUGAUUUCUGCCGUGCCCUUUGCAAACCUGCUUCCAGAGAAAGCCUACCCGGAAUUUGGUGGCCACAACACCGCAGACGUGUUCUUCGGUGUGACAGCCCUGCAGCCGGAAGAGCUUUUGAAAGAAAAGGAAGAGAUUCUGGGCGUCGACCGGGUCGUCUCUGUCACAGAAGCUGCAAUGGAGAAAGGGAAGUCACAGGACGUCCAAGCUGCGACUGAGAGUGUCUUCAGCGGGCCGGCUUUGCCUCAGGCCUUAUACAGGAGUUUUCUGAAGGCGCACAGCGUCAAAGCCGUGCUGGAUUUGUCGAGCUCGCAGGGUGAAUUAGCGAAAGCAUGCGUUGCUGAACGCAUUCCUUUCGCAGGGCUGACUCUGUCAGAGCCCCACUCCACCAAGUUAGAAGUCAUGCUGACGGAGUUCGUCCUGUCACUCAUGCAGUCGGAAGGAAGCACGUACUAUCGUGCAGAUUCCUCGGCCAUGGCCUCGGAAGUUUCCAAAAAGCGCAAGCACACUGGAGAGGAGGGUCAAGAGGACACAGGUCCAAAGCCCAAAACCAAGUCCAAGGCCAAGGCAAAAGCGAAAGGUACGCCCACAGAAAGCCAGUCCAAGGACACGGCAGCAGAGACGGAGGAAACGGAAGCGCCUGAGGUCGGCGAGGAGGACGACUUGCCUUGGUAG